AUGUUUUUGGUAGCUGCAGCAGCUACAGCUAUACAAAUAGUACUGAUUCCUCCAUCUUCAUCAUGUGCAGCUGAGCGGGACGAUCACUGGUGCGGCCAAUAUCGAGACGGGACAUGGGCCACAUGCACCCGGCCGGGACACUGUUGUGGUCUCAACUAUUACUGCGGUGACGGUUACAAGUACUGUUCCCGUGAUUAUUGCCGGUUCCAAUGCACUCCGGGUAAUCCUCCUCCUGCUCCUCCUCCUCCUCCUGGUGGUGGUUAUGAUCAAAGCAAUAACUAUGAAGUAACUGAUCAAGCCGGAGGAGGAGUACUCGUCACACGUCUUGUUAACGCUACGCACAAUAACCGCUACUUCAAUUUGAACAUUGGUGGUGGUGAUGAGCUCGGUAAAGUGGCCACCGACAAUGCUUCUUCUUCCUCCUCCUCGCAGUCGUCGUCGUCGUCCUUGUUAUCAUGUGCAAGGUCUCUCUCCCGCCUGCCGUUAGCUUCUCGUCACAAGUAUCCGUUCGCUGCUCUCAGUACUCUCCCGCAGCCUCAUAACAACGUGACUGCUACUCGUUGCGGUCGCUGUUUAAAGGUAACAAAUGUUGGAGUUGGAGAACUUCUUCCUCAAGUGAAAGUUCGUAUUGUUCACGAACAUAGCAAAGAGGGACUUGAAUUGGAUCUCAAUACCUUCAAGAAACUUGAUAUCAACGGACGUGGGAUUGCUAAAGGCAUGCUUUUGGUGAAGUAUCAAUUCGAAAGCUGUUGA